CAGGAAAUAAAUAAAUAAGGACUAUAGCUGUUAUAGUUUAAGAUAUUGCAAUAAUAUAUAUUUAUUAUAAUCGUUGAAGUACGCCAAAGGAAAUAAAAAAUGGAUAAAACGUGUACUCCCGAAGAAAUCGAGAAAAAGCGUUUAUUAGCAUUGCAGAGGCGGCAGCAAUCUCAAUUAAAAGCCCAAAGUACACCCACAAGUAGUCAAAUUCAUCAACAGUCAAAAUUAAAUGACAACGAAAAUAUUGCACAACAAAACAAAACAAACUUAAAUGACAAUGAAAAUAUUGCACGACAAAACAAAACAAACAAUCGUUUCAAUCCUAUAGAACCUAGAAGGUUUUUCAAUCCAAUGUUGUCUGUGACAGGAAAAUGUUAUAUGAUCAGUGAUGAUAGAUUUGCCUUAGAAUUAUCAGCAUUUGUACCUGAAAUUAUUGAUAUAUUUAAAACAGUUCCAAGCAGAAUAUAUGAUCCAAAAUCCAGAAUAUGGAAUUUUCAUCUCAAUGAUUAUAAUGGUUUAUUAAAGACAUUAUCAUCUAAUCAUUGUAAUUUAUCUAUAACAAAGAUACCAGAGGCUGUCCUUCGGAUAUUCAAAAAAAACUUAAAGUCAGACACUCAAUUACCAGAACAUGAUUUAUCAAAAAUUGAUGAAACGUUAACAAAUGCUUUAAUGCCGUUUCAACGAGAGGGUAUUUGCUAUGGUAUAUCGAAGAAUGGUCGUUGUAUUAUUGCAGAUGAUAUGGGUUUAGGAAAAACUAUACAAGCAUUAGGCAUUGCACAUUAUUAUAAGGAAAGUUGGCCACUUCUUAUUGUAACUCCUUCGUCAGUGAGGUAUCAGUGGUCUCAAGCAAUCUAUGAAUUCUUACCAUCCAUACCUACACAUUACAUUCAUCAUUUUGCGAACACAAAAGAUCACAUUGGAGAUGACAAAAUCACCAUAACAUCAUAUGAUUUGUUAGUACGAGCCAUAAAUACUUUCGCGAAACAUAUUUAUGGAUUUGUUAUUCUGGACGAAUCCCACGGUUUGAAGAGCAAUAAGACUGCGCGAUUUCAAGCUACUAAUAGAAUAUGUACCCAUGCACGUCAUAUUGUAUUGCUCACAGGUACUCCGGCUCUGUCAAGACCAGUUGAAUUGUAUACACAGAUUAGCCUUGCUAAUCCACGUUUUAUGAGCUAUGAAGACUAUGGUAUACGUUAUUGCGCAGGACAGAGGUCUAUAUUUGGUUGGGACUUCCUAGGCUCCUCAAAUUCGCAAGAGUUACAAGCGCUGCUGAAGUCGGAUUGCAUGAUUCGAAGGCUGAAAGCAGACGUUUUAAAUCAGUUGCCGUCUAAGAUAAGGAAGGUGAUUAUUUUAGAUUCAAGUUUGAUCAAAACUGGCAAGCAAAUGAGGGAGAUGUCGCAACGUUUACAAACAAAUAUUACGGGUUUGGAAAGACAUAGUACUCUAAUACAAUAUUAUAACCAGUCUAGCUAUGCGAGAGUGACGGCAGUACGCAAUUACGUUGCAAAAUUAUUUGAAAAUAAGAAAAAAUGUCUUUUGUAUGGUCAUCAUCAAAUUAUUUUGGAUACUAUUUGCGAAGCUGCUGAAUCUGUAGACAUAGCGUAUAUAAGAAUCGACGGCAAAACUAAUUCAGAACAGAGAAAACUUCUGAUCGACAAGUUUCAAGAAUGUGAUGAAUGUUUAGUGGCGGUUUUGUCAAUCACCGCUGUGAACGCAGGUGUUACAUUAACGGCUGCAAAUCUCGUGGUCUUCACCGAAUUAUUUUGGAAUCCCGGUAUCUUGUCCCAAGCGGAAGACAGAGUGCAUAGAAUCGGGCAAAACAACACUGUCACAAUCGAGUACUUGAUAGCGCAAAACACUGUGGAUGAUUAUCUGUGGCCGUUGCUUCACAAAAAAAAGGACGUUCUGAAUGCGCUCGGUCUCAAACAGGAUCUUUCAAUAAAUAACAUCGCCGUCGCAGUGCAAAAUAACAAGCAACAAAACUUGGAUUCUUUUCUAAAUAUUUCUUCGUCCUCUGAGAAAGGAUCGCAGUUGCAGUAUGAUAUGGAGAUUUCUCCAGCAAUUCCAGAAGCGUCUCCCUCAAAUGUUAAAGAAUUACUCGAAGUUGAUGAUGAAUGCUUUGACUCCUGUGAUUGGGAUACUAUUGUGUGAAUGGACAAUAAUUCAGUAUUCUCUUGAUAUUUUCAAAGACUUAUUUUUUGU